AUGCAGGAGUACUUGGCUAGGUUUAGCAGGGCGACACUUGGUAUAAAGGAUCUUCAGACGUCUACAGUAAAAAUUGCAUUGAUGAACGGGACGCAGAAUAGUCUUGCUCAGGAUGAACAAGAGUUAAGUUUGAAGUCUCUUGCAUGCACGUCCACUUUUCUUUUAUUUUACCCAUCCGUUCCCCAGCAUGAUCGAGUACAAGUCCUUCCUCUAAUUGUAAAAGAUUGGCCACUAGUAUAUGUUUCUGCCAUAUAUGUUGAAUUGUUUAAGAAAAUGUCAAUCCCUUUAUCUGUUCCCGUUUCUCUGCAUUCGCAUACUUCAUCUGUACCACUGUUCAAUGGGCUAAAUUCCUCUGACUGGUGUGAACAAGUUCAGUUCAACUUAGGUGUCUUGGACUUGGACUUGGCACUUCAAGUUGAGAAACCUGCUGAUCUUACUGAUGAGAGCAGUGCUGAUGAAAGAUCUGUCCAUAAAGCUUGGGAAAGGUCAAACAGAUUAAGCUUAAUGUUUAUGCGGAUGACCUUAGCAAAGAAUAUCAAGUCUACUAUCCCUAAAACUGAGAAUGCUAAGGAAUAUAUGAAGUUUGUGGAAGAACGUUCCCAAACAGCUAACAAAUCACUUGCUGGCACACUGAUGAGUACCUUAACCACCAUGAAAUUUGAUGGUUCUCGUACCAAGCAUGAGCUUGUUACUGAAAUGAGUAACAUUGCAGCAAGACUUAAGACUCUUGGGAUGAUUGUGGGUGAGAACUUUCUGGUACAAUUUAUCAUCAACUCUUUGCCUCCCGAGUACGGUCCAUUCCAUAUGAACUAUAAUACCUUAAAGGAUAAAUGGAAUGUCAAUGAAUUGCACAGUAUGCUCGUGCAAGAGGAGACAAGGCUUAAGAAUCAAGGAACUCAUUUUGUUCAUCUCGUAAGUCAUCAAGGAGCUAGAAAAAAAUAUAAGAAAAGAUCUGAAAAGGGCAUUAAGCAAGGACCACUAAAGAUAAAUGAGUCUUCUGCCCAUAUCCACAAUAAGGAACACAAAAAGGAUACGUGCCAUUUCUGUCGCAAACCUGGGCACCAUAAAAAGGACUGCCUGAAACGUAAUGCAUGGUUUGAAAGUAAAGGUAAGAUUAUUUCUUAUGGAUUCCUUUCAACCCAGACCAUAAAUCCAAAUGAAAAGUUUGUCCUCAUGGGAAAUCGAGUCAAAGCUCCAGUUGAAGCCAUUGGAACUUAUCGUUUGAUUUUAGAUACUGGACAUCAUUUAGAUUUAUUUCAGACUCUAUAUCUUGAUAACCUCUUUGCCGAGACUCUUUUGACCUUGCAUCAUAAUAUUGGUACUAAACGUGGUUUACUGAAUGAACGAUCUGCUAACUUGUGGUAUAAACGUUUGGGUCACAUAUCCAAGGAAAGGAUAGAAAGAUUAUUAAAGAAUGAAAUCCUUCAUGACUUGGAUUUUAGUGAUCUUGAAACUUGUGUAGAUUGUAUUAAGGGUAAACAAACCAAACACACAAAGAAAGGAGCCACAAGAAGCACACAGCUUCUUGAGAUAAUACAUACCGAUAUAUGUGGGCCUUUUGAUGUUUCAUCAUUUGGUGGGGAAAAGUAUUUUAUCACCUUUAUCGAUGAUUUUUCACGUUAUGACAGAAAGGUGAAAAUUAUUAGAUCUGAUAGAGGUGGUGAAUAUUAUGGAAAGUAUGAUGAAACUGGACAACACCCAGGUCCAUUUGCUAAAUUUCUUGAAAGGCAUGGCAUAUGUUCUCAAUACACUAUGCCAGGCACACCACAACAAAAUGGUGUGGCUGAAAAGCGUAAUCGUACUCUAAUAGAAAUGGUUAGGUUCAUUGAGAAUGGUGAAGUUAGUGUGAGUUUUGAACCACGAAAUGUGGAAAUACAAGAAGUUAGAAUUCAAGUUUCUCUACCCUCAACUUCUUCUAAUGUUGUUGUUCCUCAAAUUGUUAAACGACAUGAAAAUUUACCUGAACAACAAAUAAAUGGUCAAACACCUCACAAUGAAGUUGCCACCGAUGAACCUGCAUUAAAUGAACCACAAGAAAUAACAUUAAAAAGGUCACAAAGACAACGUAGACCUGCUAUUUCUGAUGAUUAUGUGGUUUACCUGCAAGGGUCUGAAUUUGACUUGGGAAUUGUUGAUGAUGAUCCAGUUUCAUUUUCACAAGCCAUUGAGAGCGCUAAUUCUGAUAAGUGGUUAGAUGCUAUGAAAGAUGAGUUGAAAUCUAUGGAACAUAACGAAGUCUGGGAUCUCGUUGAAUUACCAGAAUCAUGUAAAAGAGUUGGGUGUAAAUGGGUCUUUGAGACCAAGCGCGACUCUAAUGGUAAUAUCGAACAACAUAAAGCUAGACUUGUUGCCAAAGAUUUUACUCAGAAAAGUGGCAUUGAUUAUAAGGAGACAUUUUCACCAGUCUCUAAGAAAGACUCGCUCAGAAUUAUAAUGUCUUUAGUAGCUCAUUAUGACUUAGAACUACAACAAAUGGAUGCUUCCCGUCAAUGGUAUCUUAAGUUCAACGAUACCAUUACUUCCUUUGGAUUUAAGGAAAACGUCGUUGAUCGAUGUAUAUAUCUGAAGGUCAGUGGGAGCAAGUUUAUAUUUCUGAUUCUGUACGUUGAUGAUAUCUUGCUAGCUACUAAUGAUUUUGGUCUAUUAUACGAGACUAAGAAAUUUCUCUCUAAAAAUUUUGAAAUGAAAGACAUGGGAGAGACAACCUAUGUAAUUGGAAUUGAAAUAUUCCAUGAUAGGUCACAAGGGUUGUUAAGGUUGUCUCAGAAAGUAUACAUCAAUAAAGUUAUAGAGAGAUUCAAUAUGAAAAAUUGUUCAGCGAGUGUUGUUCUAAUUUAG